AUGCACGUUCUUGUUUUGCUAUGGGAGAUAUACAAGUGGCCAGACAUUCAAGAGGAGUUCGAUUUUCCAUUCUUUCCAGAUUUCUCUAAACUCGAUGGUGGUACAGGUGAUGAUAACUCAGUAUUCGCAACACCAGACGGGUUUCCGAUCAAUCCCGAGGAGUUCGGUUUGGAUUGGGAAACAAUUUUAAACGAACCGUCUAUUACGGAGAUUCAUAAAAAUUUGACCAAUCUGGAGCAUGCUGUGAUAUUAGUUCAAGAGGAACAAUUUGAGAUCAAGCGAGGUGUGGACUUGGUUCUGGAGGAAAUGGGUACCUUAAGAGCUGAAAUGAGAAUGUUCCAAAGAUCUAUAAACGACUCAAUGACCGAUGUAAUGAAAAAGUUACAUAAGCAAGAUAAAUCGUUGUCUCACGAAAGAAAACUCACGGAGAAACUGCAGCACAAAAUCAGGUUAAUGGCGGAAAUGCCUGUGAGUCAGAGCCAGAUUCAGUAUAUGAAGAACGCAACAGAUUCCGCCAUAGAUUAUACUCGAAAACAGGUGCAAAAAGUGCGCAAAAAGAUGUCAUCUUUAGACAAUAGUUGGUCUAAAUUCCGGUUAUCGUGGGGUAAUCGGUUAAAGGAUAUUGGUUCUAUUGCCCGAGAAAGUAGAGGAACGGGCAAACAGCAUACCUUGGAUAUCAACAAUCUAGCUGCUAAUGUUUCAUCUCUUAGAAAUGGUGUACGAGGAUUACAACUUUUGUCUGGUAAAGAUACUCUAUCUAGCAAUGUUUAUCACAGAGGCGGCUGCGAUGCCGGAACCGUGUCGUUCUCGAACUACCCAUUCAACAGUGCCAAUUGGCCGCAAAGGAAGAAGAUUCGUUUCAAACAAGACUUUCCUUUCGUUCCCAAAGUAGGAUAUGGGGUCACUGCUAUGGAUACAAGUUAUCGAUACAAUACACGUAUUCGGAUACAAGUUGAACGAGUCACUCGACAAAGUUUUGUGUUGUAUUGUAGUGGCUGGCACAAUUCACGCUUGUACCAAGUGGAAGUCGCAUGGAUGGCUUGUUAA